ACAAAGUAGAAUUCGUAUACAAGUGUAUAUUAUUAUUCUUCAUUAAUAGGCCUCGCUGCUCUGCAGGAAGUGCACCCCUAGUAAAUAUAUCAGACAAGGCAUUGUAUAGCUCAUCGCUUUCACUUUUUUCUUUUUUUCAAAGUUCCGGCUGCUUGUGUGAAGUUCUAGAGAGCAGGAAAGGGAUGUAUUUCCAGAUAGUGUUCGUAAAGAGGAGCUGACACAUCAAGACAUUUAGACACCAAUCGACCACUUGCUACAUGACGAUAUACUGCAAUAUCCCAGAACACACAGACUCAUUCAACGAGCGAUAUCACAGACAUGCUGAAGGAUAGGGGCAGCACUAUACUGGGGAAACUCUGCAAAACCAACUGCCCUGGUUAUUCUGGAUACGGCUUGGAUUGUUCUGGAGAUCUUGAAGGAGUUUUAGUCCGACAUCUAUUACUUUAGACACUUUUGAGUAUUCCAUUUAUUAAGGGGCGUGCUUUCCUAUUCCCACACGUUCCCUCUCCAGUGUCCUGUGUUCAGCAUGAGACUGGUCUAUGAAUCGAAGGGACUCUGGGCUCUCACAGUGUUCGAAAUCUGACCCUUGUGCAUUUCACCAUGUCUUCGUGGGUUCUGAUUGUUCUCAUAGCAGGAGUGAUCGCACCCAUGCCAGUUUCAAGCCAAAUCAGAGGAGUGUGUUCCAAGGAGGUGGAAAAAAUCCCGAUUCUAUACAAUGAGACCUUCAUUCAGCAAGUAUACCAACCCUAUUUGACUACCUGCCGGGGGAACCGAGCCUGCAGUACCUACAGGACGGUAUACUCGGUGUCCAUCCGGCAGGUUAAGAGAGAGGUAAUCCAAGUAAAGACUAUAUGCUGUCCAGGGUGGAAGAAAAAUGACCCCUCUUCAGACUCCUGCGACGAAGCCGUGUGUCGCAAGCCUUGUCAGAAUGGAGGUACAUGCAUUAAGCCUAACAUGUGCCGCUGCCGUGCUGGUUGGGGAGGGAGACAUUGCCAUGUGGACAUUGACGAGUGCCGCCGUCCUAAUGAAGUCUGUCCCCAGAGGUGUAUUAAUACUCGGGGCAGUUUCCAUUGUGAAUGUCAUUCUGGAUUUACUCUCGAAGAGGAUGGAAAGUCUUGUGUGAAAACCAAGUCUCCUCCACCCAUCCCGGCGCAGCAAGCUGAAGAUGCUUCACAGAGACUUUCGAAUGAAAUUCAGGACCUGCGCAGUCUCGUAACUUCCCUAGAGCAGCGGUUAGACAGUACCAUGUCAGCAGUACAGAGACUCUUCCCUGUUAAACUGUCAGAAAUCCGACCAGACCAGGUUCAGGAAUUCUGGGAAAGAAUCCGCAGUUUGGAUCAGGUGGAAUCGUUGAGUGAUCAGCUCAUGUUCAUGGAAGAGAAAAUGGGGGAGUGCUCCUGCCGCAGUAAUGAGGUUGAAAUGGCUGUAAAUCUGAAGCGUUAAUCUAUAUUCGAGCUCCCCUUAUUAUUUAUAUCCCGUUCCCCAUAAUCCACAUAUUUAUGCCCUGCUGUUCCUUAUUUAUAACCCAGGUCCUUCCUAUAAUACAACAAAUGUCAAUAAAUUUUAUUUCUACAAAA